AUGAUAGGGUGGGGCGACGUGUACAAGGUGGUGGCGGCCAUGGCGCCGCUCUACUUCGCGCUGGGGCUCGGCUACGGCUCGGUGCGGUGGUGGAAGCUGUUCACGCCGGACCAGUGCGACGCCAUAAACCGCCUCGUGACCUACUUCGCCGUGCCCUUCUUCGCCUUCGACUUCGCCGCGCGCAUCGACCCCUUCGCGCUCAGCUACCGGGUCCUGGCCGCUGACGCGCUUUCCAAGCUCGCCGUGGCGCUCGCUCUCGCUGCCUGGGCCACCGCAGCCGCAGCCGCAGCCGCGCGCCGUGGCGGCGGCGGCGGCAAGGGCAAGGACAGGGCCUUGUCGUGGUGCAUCACGGGGUUCUCGCUUGCCACGCUCAACAACACGCUCGUCGUGGGCGUGCCGCUCCUGGACGCCAUGUACGGCAAGUGGGCGCGCGAUCUCAUCGUGCAGCUCUCCGUGGUGCAGUUCAUUGUCUACUUCCCGGCUUUGCUGCUCGCGUUCGAGGCCAGGCGAGCCGCCCGGGGCGCCGGCAAGCUGGACGUUGCGGAGGAAGCUGCAGGUGGCGUUGACGAAAGCGGCGGCGGCGUGGGUGGCGAGACGGCGGUUCAGUCGUCGUUCUGGCCGCUGGUCGGAGCGGUCUGGACGAAGGUGGCGAGGAACCCAAACAUCUACGCUGGCAUUCUUGGCGUCUCGUGGGCUUGCGUCACCAACAGGUGGCACAUCGAGACGCCGAGCAUCAUCGAGGGCUCCGUGCUCGUCAUGUCCAAGACCGGCGUUGGCCUCGCCAUGUUUAGCAUGGGGUUGUUCAUGGCGCUGCAAGAGAAGAUCAUCGUCUGCGGCGCCGGGCCGACGGUGCUCGGCAUGGCGCUGCGGUUCGUGGCCGGGCCGGCUGCUACUGCCGCCGGGGCCGUGGCUCUCGGCCUCCGCGGCGACGUCCUGCGCCUCGCCGUCAUGCAGGCCGCGCUUCCCCAGUCCAUCACCACGUUCGUGUUCGCCAGGAGUACGGCCUGCACGCGGACGUGCUGA